AGAUGAGCAAUAUAGUUAAAAAACAGCUGAGAAAGUAUCUAAUAAAAGUUUGCUUACGGAUUGUCUGUGAUUUGCGCUGCACUGACCUCUAGUGGCCACGUCAUUACAUCACAAUCACAACCUUAGUCAGUGGAUCUCAACCUUUUUGACUUCAAUUCAACAUAGUCCAGAAUCUGUUUAUUAUCCCCCCUCCCACAUACACAUAUUUUAACAAACACUUUAUAUAUGGAGCAGAUGCUAUAUUACCUUUUUUUUAAAUCACCUAAAACUAUUAUUUCAUGAAAUGUGUCAAUCAUCUUUAAAAUGCCUUUUCUUCUUCUAAUGGAGAAAAGUCAUAUAGGUUUGAAACAAUAAAGGGUAUAAAAUGGUUUGUAUGGUCAUGUUAUAUUGACACAGUUUUACUGUGGUAACUGAUCUCUCAGUCACCUCCUGUUACCAUAGUGCACUGGAGUACGAUUACAGCUGUAGAGGCACUAUACUCUUUCUUGAGUCCCUCAUCAUGUAACCACCAGACAGAUGAAAUCAUUUCAUCUUCUGAUCUUUACUGCAUGUUUCAGGACUGCUUUCAGUUUUCACAGUUUAAUUCAAUAUCUCUCGCUGAGAGCCACGUCUCAUGUCACACAUAAUCCUGCAGGGCCCUGAGCCCCUCUGACAGAAAGAACCACGGACUCAGACACCGCUCUUGAGUCGCCCACUCCUGCCGGAGGCCAGCCUGGCCCUGGGGCCGCUGGUUCUCCGUUUUACCGUGAGCUGUGGUUUAUUGUUCUCAUGGCCGGAGUCGGACUGCUGCUUUUGGGUCUGAUCCUGGCUGUAAUUUUACAAAAGGCUCUCAAAAAAUCUGCAUACACCCGAGAACGGCCACCCCUCGUACCGCAGCAGCACCAAAGCCAGCUGGCCUCCUAUCCACCCAACAGCUCUUACAUGUUUGACAUGGUUCCAGAUACAGUGGGGUCUUCACACAGUGUCAAACUGAAGGCCUUCACAAUGCACAUGGAGGAGGUGAUUGAGAGCAAAGUGAUUGAGGAUGAUGUGUUUCCUGUGGGUGAGACAGGUGUAGUGACCGUCUCAGGUCUGUACUCACAGAAUCCGUUACAGCGCAGCGUCAGUCAGUUGAUUGACAGCAAAGAUGAAGAUCCGUGGGAGCCACAUUUCAGACGCCUCGACAGCGGCCUGUUUGAGGGUGAGGAGUUUGUGGACACCAUCAAAGGCUUCAGCACAGUAAGGAAAGAACACACCAUGUUUACAGACACCAACCUUUGACCUUCAUCAUCAUGACCCUUCAUCUCUGAGGAGAAGCAUGAGAGAUGGAUUGACAUCUCUCAGUGAAUUACAUGUUUAAACACUGGAAAUCUCAUGUUUAUUAACUUGAACCCAUGAUACUUAUGAUGGAAAUAUUAAAAUGGGUAAAAACACAGAAUUAGUUUAAUCCCAUUCUUUGGUAAAAUAUUUUCGUAUUUUGUAGAAGUCAGCAUUGUACAGUAUUCAAUGGUAAAUGUAAUAUUUAAGCAUCAAGGUAUAAAAAGGCCUGCAUCAAUAUAGUCAUAGCUAAAUUAAGUGACUUAUUGCUUUUAUGAACAGUUGAUUCAUAAUGAAAGAUACCAAGAAAUCAAGUAAAUGUAGAUUGAUGUGUUAAAUUUGAUUUUGAACUUUUAUUUCAGUGUUUUUAAUAUUUAUAUAGCCAAAAGUAAAAUGAAUUUAAAAGAUUUGGCCAAGUCUGUCAGAAACCUUUGUUUUACGUUCGGUAAAAUUGACACUGAUCAAUCAUGCUUAACCACAAUUCGUUUUCACUUAUGGA